AUGGAUAUAGACAUCGACUUGGAGUGUCUUGAUAUACUAGAACAACAAAUGUUUGAGCUCUCAUUGGCUGCAGGCGCUGCUGGGAAUGCACAAUGGGUAAAAGAUGCCGAUGCUCACCAAGACCGAUGGAAUCCAUACGAGGGCCUCCUGAGUACUGGAAUCGUGGUGACGGAGAUCCAUAUGCACCCAAAUUCAAAGGAGAAGUGGAUGCCAAACUUUAGUGAAGGAAGUGAGCUUGAAGUCAUUCCUAAAAAUGAGAGACAGACCCAAAAGCCGAAACCGUGGCCUAGUGUUGCAGAAGUCCGGUUUGGUCCGGUUCAGCAACAAAUUUUGCGAAUGCUGAACCAGACGCCAUGA